AUGUCAGAACCAAUUAGAACUAGGAUCUAUGAGAAAAAAAUAAAUAACAUUCUGACAAAAGAACAGAGUGUAUCUUUUAGAGAAAUAAAAAACGAUGAAACCAUUGCUAUAAUCCCGUUUGACAAAGGAGCAGGUUUUGUAAGAAUUGAACAUUCUAAAGCUUUGGAAAAAAUUCGUGAACAAAUUGGUCCGACAAAAAUUAUUAAUGAAAACCCUAUUGCCAGUUACGCGGCAAAAAUUAGAAGAUUUCUUUCAAAACUAAAUAAAAAACAGCGUUUUUCUAAAGAAGAAUACGAAAAAAUAUAUCCGAGUGAUCCUAUCCCACCUCAAAUGUAUGGAGUAAUAAAAGCUCAUAAACCAGAAAAAUCGUACCCUAUGAGAAUAAUUAUUUCUACCAUCGGCACACCAAACCACGGAAUAUCAGAAUUCUUAGUUAAGACAAUGCAACCCGUCUUAAAUGAAAACCCAACACGAUUAAAAAACUUUUUUGACUUUAUAAAAAAAGCAGAAAACUGUUUAUCAUAUAAAAACUUAACAAAACUAAGUAUACCUGAAAUAAAGCAACUCAUAGAACUUUGCUUAGUUCGUCAAUGUUCUUUUCAUUGGAAUAAUGAGAAUCACGUAAUGGAAAACUCAGGACCAAUCGGACUUUCUCUCAUGGUUGUUCUCGCAGAAUCUUUUCUACAACACCAUGAAAAUAAUGCAAAUAAAAUGGCUACAACAAUAAAUCCUGCACUUGAUCUAAAAUCAUUUUUAAGAUACGUUGACGAUAGUCAUGCAAGAGUUCCUAACAUCAAACAAGCAAAACAGUUCGAAGAUAUUUUAAAUCAACAACAUCCUACAAUAUAA